AUGGCUAACAACCAACGCUUCGCCGUCGACAAGAUCAAGGUCAAAAACGACCCCCGAAUAUCUUUCCUCUCGGCCUUUCUGAACGGCAAGACGUAUGGCUACCUGUUCAGCCCGGCGUCGCCGUCGGUGCCCAAACGCGGCACAAUCUUCCUGAUCCACGGCUUCCCAGACAUCAGCAUGGGGUGGCGGUACCAGAUCCCCUUCCUCACCAAGCUGGGGCUCGACGUGGUGGCGCCAGACUCGAUGGGCUACGGCCGCACCGACGCGCCCAAGUGGACGCUGCAGGACUACAGCUACCGGCGGGCGGCCGACGACAUGGCCGAGCUGGCGCGGCAGAUGGGGCUGCGUAAGAUCAUCCUGGGCGGCCACGACUGGGGCGGAUCGAUCGUGUACCGAGUGGCGCAGUACUACCCAGACCUGAUCGCGGCCGUGUUCAGCAUCUGCACGCCCUACUUCCCGCCCAACCACAAGUACGAGCCGCUGGGGAUCCUGGUGCAGAAGCGGCUGCCCAACUUCGGCUACCAGCAACACUUCAUCUCCGGCGAGAUCGAGGACGCGGUGCAGUCCAAGGCCGAGAUCCGCCAGUUUUUGGUGAACAUGUACGGCGGACGCACAGCCGACACGCGCGAGGUGGCCUUCGACGCGAACAAGGGGCUCGACCUGGCGCGCCAGGCGCGCAUGGGCACGACCAAGCUGCUGGCCGACGACGAGCUGGCCUACUACGUCGACGAGUACGCGCGCCACGGCGUCUACGGCCCGCUCAACUGGUACCGCACCCGCGAGGUCAACUACAUGAACGAAUGGCGCGACUUCUACGACAACGGCCGUAAGGACCCCGUCCAGGCCGACAAGGACCAGACCCUGCACCAGGAGAUCCUGUUCGUGCUCAGCAAGAAGGACCAGGCCCUGCAGCCCUUCAUGGCCGCCAAGAUGCCCGAGCGCAUCCCGCGCCUGACCUGGCGCGAGGUCGACGCGGGUCACUGGGCUCUGUGGGAACGGCCCGAGGACUGCAACCGGCUCAUCGGCGAGUGGUUGGAGGAGAAGGUCUUCCCGACCUUGGGCAGGGAGAGUAAAUUGUGA